AUGUAUCUAUUUAAAUUAAAUUUAUUUCUUAGUUUUGUUUGUUAUGUUUGGAGUGGUGCAAUACAAAUUACAAGUAGUAAUAUUGAUUCAAUACUUUCUUCGAAUGAACUUGUUUUUAUUAAUUUUUAUGCAAAUUGGUGUCGAUUUAGUCAAAUGCUUAAUCCUAUUUAUGAUCAAUUUGCUGAUAAAGUUACUAAACAAUAUCCGCAACAAGGACUUGUUGUUAUUGGAAAAGUUGAUUGUGAUUCCCAAUCAUCAAUAUCAACAAAAUAUCAUGUUAAUAAAUAUCCAACAUUAAAAUUUUAUCGACAUGGAAUUAUGACAAAACGAGAAUAUCGUGGUGCAAGACAAGUUGAACCUUUAUUUGAAUUUAUUCGUCAACAAGUUGAAUCAUCAAUGAUUAAAUUAUCAACACCAAAUGAUUUAUUAACAUUAGAUAAAAAAAAACAUUAUGUUAUUGGACAUUUUGAUAGUGACACAGCGGAAAAUUAUCAAAUCUUUUCCAAAGUAGCAAGUCUUCUCAGAGAAGAUUGUCAUUUUGCUGGAUCAAUUAAUAAAGAUGAAUUUAAAAAUGAACGUCCAACAGAUGAUAUUGUUUAUUAUCGUUCAUCUCAAUCAUCAAAUGAAAGUGAUCAAUAUUAUACGGGAUUAAUAAAUAAUCAAGCAUCAUUUUAUGCAUGGUCACAUGAAAAAUGUAUUCCAUUAGUUCGAGAAAUAACAUUUGAAAAUGCCGAAGAAUUAACAGACGAAGGUUUACCAUUUCUUAUUUUAUUUCAUCAUGUUGAUGAUCAUCAAUCAGUUGCAUUAUUUCAACGAGAAGUUGCCAAACAAUUAAUGCAUGAACGAUCGGGUAUUAAUUGUUUACAUGCAGAUGGAGCAAAAUUUUCUCAUCCGUUACAACAUUUAGGAAAAAAAUUAACGGAUUUACCAUUAUUAGUUAUUGAUAGUUUUAAACAUAUGUUUCUUUUUCCAGAUAUUAAUUUAAUUUCAGUUGAUGGUAAAUUAUUACAAUUUGUUAAAGAUCUUCAUUCAGAAAAACUUCAUAAAGAUUUUCAUCAACCACCAAAAGCAGUUCAAAAGAGUGUUGAUUCCAAAUCAAAAAAUGUCGAAUCAGAUAAAAGUAAAGAUUUAUCUUCAAUAAAUAAUGAUAUAUCCGGUAAAAAUGCGAAUAAAUUUUUAGAAGUUAAUCAUGUAUCAUCUCCACCUGAAUCUGUAUUUAUUCAUUUAAGUCCAAGUCGAUCACGUUAUUCAUUUCGUGAUGAAUUAUAA